AUGGGAUCAACCACUCCCUCCGCCCCAAAGGACCUCAAAAUCGGCAUCCUCGUCCCAUCCUCAAACACAGCCCUCGAGCCCCUGACCAUCUCUCUCCUCAACACCUACAGCCCCUACAAUCCUCAACAUGAUCCAUCUCUCCCCAGCAUCACAGUCCACUUCUCCCGCCUGCCCGUAACCGCCAUCUCACUCAGCCCCCAAGACCUCUCCCAAUUCGACACCUCCAACCCCGCAGACUCCCCCAUCAUCAAAGCCGCCAAGCUCCUCGCGGACGCGAACGUGGAUGUCAUCGGGUGGUCCGGCACGAGCGCGGGAUGGUUGGGGUUUGAGAGCGAUGUCAAGUUGUGUGCGUUGGUUGAGCAGGAGACGGGGGUGAGGAUGACGACUAGUACGUUGGCGCUGAAUCAUGUGCUGGAGGAGUUGGGCUAUCGGAAGGGGCAAAGCGACGUGUUUGGGAUGAUCACACCGUAUCUCGAUGCGGUCCAGUCGAAGAUUGGAGAAGUCUACGCCAAAGAAGCGAACUGGGAGAUCGUCGAGUCCCAUCUGGGCGUUAGCAAGAAUUGGGAUAUUGCUGCGACCACGGAGGAGACGCUUGAGAAGCAGAUGGCGGAGGUGGUCAAGGCGCAGGCGGGGAUGCCGCGAACGAAAAGCAGGCAGAUGGUUGUGAGCCCGUUUUGCACGAACUUGCGGGCGGCACAUUUGGCGGGGAAGUGGGAGAAGGAGUAUGAGAAGUACGGAUUGGUUGUGUUGGAUACGGUGGCGACGGUGGUGUGGGAAUGUUUGAAGAUGUUGGGGAGGCCAAAAGGUGAAAUUAAGGGUUGGGGAAAGCUAUUCGAGCUGUAG